AUGGUGGACGCCGGCGGCGGCGGCCCGGCCGGGGAGGGCGCCUGGAGGAAGAUGGAGGCCCCGCCGGACGGCGCCGUGGACAUCGUGCCCCUGGACCGCUACGACUCGGCCCGCGCCAAGAUCGCCGCCAACCUGCAGUGGAUCUGCGCCAAGGCCUACGGCUUAGACAACAUCCCUGCGGACCUCCAGGACCCUUUCUACAUCGACCAGUACGAGCAGGAGCACAUCAAGCCGCCUGUCAUAAAACUCCUGCUGUCCAGCGAGUUGUACUGCCGCGUCUGCAGCCUCAUCCUGAAGGGGGACCAGGCGGCCACUCUGCAGGGUCAUCAGGGCGUCAUCCAGGCCCUGUCUCGGAAGGGCAUCUACGUGAUGGAGAGCGACGACACCCCCGUGACCGAGCCUGACCUCAGCUGUGCGCCCGUGAAAAUGAGCCCACACAUGGCUAUGAUUGACGCGCUGAUGAUGGCGUACACCGUGGAGAUGAUCAGCAUUGAGAAAGUGGUGGCCAGCGUCAAGCGCUUCUCCACAUUCAGCGCCUCCAAGGACCUUCCCUACGACCUGGAGGAUGCCAUGGUGUUCUGGAUCAACAAGGUGAAUUUGAAAAUGCGAGAGAUCACAGAGAAAGAUGUGAAGCUGAAGCAGCAGCUGCUGGAAAGCCCCGCCCACCAAAAGGUCCGCUAUCGACGAGAGCACCUUUCUAGUCGGCAGGCGCCCUUCUUCCCGCUGCUGGAGGACUUGAUGAAGGACUGCAGUGACGGCGCAGGGCUCCUGGUAGUCAUCCACUACUACUGCCCUGAGCACAUGAGACUGGACGAUAUAUGCCUGAAGGAGGUGACGUCGAUGGCUGACAGUCUGUAUAAUAUCCGACUUCUCAGAGAGUUCUCAAACGAAUAUCUUAACAGAUGCUUCCACCUCACCUUGGAAGACAUGCUGUACGCGCCCCUAGUGCUGAAGCCGAACGUUAUGGUUUUUAUUGCGGAGCUUUUCUGGUGGUUUGAGAAUGUCAAGCCAGAAUUUGUCCAACCCAGGGACGUUCAGGAGCUGAAAGAUGCUAAAGCUGUGUUACAGCAUAAAAGCAGCCGACCUCCUGUUCCCAUCUCCAAUGCCACCAAGCGCAGCUUCCUGGCCAGCCCCGCUGACCUGCAGCCGCCCACACAGCUGCCCGCUGAGGUCUGUGCCCGGUCCCACCUGCACCUGGAAGAGUCAGAGUGUCUUGGGAAAGGGGCAUCUGCCUUCAUGUCGUCUCAGCCAUUGCUGCCACUGAGGCAGAGGCAGCAGAAGACGCUGCAGGGGGAGGACGCUGCAGGUCAGCGACACCGGUCGAAUUCUCUGACGCGCACUGACGGCCAGCCACGCGCUGUGGCAGUAGCCUGGUCGGAAAAAAUAAACAGGCCGGUGUCUCAGCCCACUUCCUUUGCUCUUCACUACGCUGCGAGCUGUGACGGGGACCCAGGCUCUGGGGACAGCGUCAGCCUGGCUCGAUCCAUCAGCAAAGACAGCCUGGCCUCCAACAUCAUCAGUCUCACUCCCCAGAACCAGCCUCACCCUGCAGCCGCCAAGACCAACGGGAAAAGCCUGCUGAACAACGUCAGCAUUGAAGACGAGGACGAGGAGCUGGUGGCCAUCAUCACGGCUGACGCCCUUCCCCGUGAGACUGAUGUGCCAGGGCCGGGCCUGUCCCCUCGGGCCUCUCCUCGGUCCCCCCAGAGGCAGGCAGGUGCCCUGGGCAGUAAGCCCCCUGACAGUUUUUUCUUGGAGCCCCUAAUGCCGGCCGUGCUCAAGCCCGCGAAGGAGAAGCAGAUCACUACCAAGGAGGAUGAGCGGGGCGAGGGGCGGCCUAGAGGCUUCCCUGCGAAGCGACCCGGCGAGGGACACCAGCCUUCCAUCCGGAGGAAAGCCCCCGGCACUCACAGUGGCCGCCACCCCAAUCGGACUUUCACCCCCAUUUCCUGUUCAGAGUUCCUGGCAGCUGCCGACCCUGUGUCCCUGGAGGCGGGACUGCCAUCAGCAGACGCUGUGGGAGAAACAUGCAGCCGGCCUCUGGCCAGCGGCGGUCUCCAUCUGUUUUCUCAGGUCCAGUCUGCCGAUGGCUUCUUCCUGCAUGUGGCCAGGGCCGCUGAAGACCCCGAGGGCAGGCACAGCGUGAUUGGUCCGAAAAGCCCCAACUCGCAUGACUCAGAACCGUGGACAAUUCUGACACAGGACUCAGACUCAGACAUGGUCGACCUGGAGGACACCGAGCACGAACUGACUGCAGAGGAGCGGCCUCUGGUCGUCACAAGGUACGCCGGCGAGGAGGAGUCGGCGAAGCUGCAGGAGGACUUGAAGGUGAAGGAGCAUGAGGACAAGGACGAUGCCAGCGGCCGCUCGAGCCCCUGCCUCAGUACUGUCUCUCAGCUCAGCAGUGUCUCCGUGGCCAGCGGCAGCGUGAAGAUGACCAGCUUUGCUGAGCGAAAGCUCCAGAGACUCAACAGCUACGAGACCAAGUCCAGCACCAGCAGCUCCCAGAAGACCACGCCUGACGCAUCUGAGAGCUGCCCAGCGCCGCUGACCACGUGGAAGCAGAAGCGAGAGCAGAGUCCUAGCGGACAGGGCCGUGACCACGCAAGCCUGCUGGCCUCGGAGCUGGCGCAGCUGCACAUGCAGCUGGAGGAGAAACGGCGGGCCAUCGAGACCCAGAAGAAGAGGAUGGAGGUGCUGUCGGCUAGGCAGCGCCUGGAGCUCGGCAAGGCUGCCUUCCUGCACGUGGUGAAGAAGGGCAAGGCCGACAGCGUCCAGCAGCCGCUCAGACCGCAGCACAACGGCGAGGCCUCUGACGAUGGGCUGCCGGCUACGGACGAGGAGCCUCGGGGCAUGGGCAAGAGUCCGGUGCUGGAGGACAGCGUCAGCGACGGGCUGGAUGUGCAUGAAGCUGACCUGUCCAUCGAGAAGCUCAGCGAGACCAUCAGCACACUGCAGCAGGCUAUCCUGAAGAUCUCGCAACAGCAGGAGCAGCUUUUGAGCAAGCCGCCCGGUCCCCAGGACCACAAGGGGAAGGCCGCCGGCCACCUAGCAGAGCCGCUCUCGCCCACUGGACUCACCGGUCACCGCAAACCCCGUCUUGGCCAAGGACGGAGCUCCCGGUCAGGACGGCCAGCUGAGCUGAAGGUUCCCAGGGACCGGCCUCAGGGCUCCUCCCGGGGCAAGACCCCAACUCCUAGUGCAGAGACCCACCCGCACCUGAAGCCACAACCCCUGGGCAGCCACGCCAGGACGCCCACGGACACAGAGCUCCCCCCAACUGACCCUCGGGACAAGUGUUUGUUUGACACUUACAGGCUCCAUGAUGAAAGCAACCAGCGAACGUUUGCUCUGCCCUCCUCCACGGACCCCAACAUCUUGUCGGACGCUCUGGAAAAGAGCCUGAAGGAGGCGGGGCUGAGUGACGUCCCUGCCGAGGAGCCACUGAGGAGCAAGGCCAGCCUCAUCGAGGUAGACCUCUCCCACUUGAAGGCACCCGAUGAGCACGGGGAUGUGGAGGUCCACGACAGCCCAGGAGGGCUGGGCAGCGACGGUGACCAGAAACCUGGGGUCGGCUUCUUCUUCAAGGACGAGCAAAAGGCGGAAGAUGAGCUUGCCAAGAAGCGGGCGGCCUUCCUUUUGAAACAGCAGCGCAAGGCCGAGGAGGCCCGAGUGCGCAAACAGCAGCUGGAGGCCGAGGUCGAGCUCAAGCGAGACGAAGCCCGGCGCAAAGCCGAGGAGGACCGGAUCCGGAAGGAGGAGGAGAAGGUGCGGCGUGAACUCAUCAAGCAAGAGUACCUGCGCAGAAAACAGCAGCAGGUCCUGGAGGAGCAGGGCCUCGGGAAGCUGAAGCCCAAGCCCAAGAAGCCACGACCCAAGUCCGUGCACCGGGAGGAGUCGGGCAGCGACGCGGGCACCAAGUGCUCCUCCACACCUGACAAUUUGAGCAGAGCCCAGUCUGGAUCCAGUCUGUCGUUGGCAUCUGCAGCGACCACAGAAGCGGAGAGUGUCCACUCAGGGGGCACACCCUCCCAGCGGGUGGAGUCUCUGGAAGCCCUGCCCACACUGAGCCGGAACCCCAGCCGGAGCACAGACCGGGACUGGGAGACAGCAUCUGCAGCAUCGUCCCUGGCCUCGGUGGCUGAGUAUACAGGUCCCAAGCUCUUCAAGGAGCCCAGCAGCAAGUCUAACAAGCCAAUCAUUCACAACGCGAUAUCUCACUGCUGCCUGGCAGGGAAAGUGAAUGAGCCACACAAGAACUCCAUCUUAGAGGAGUUAGAAAAGUGUGACGCCAACCACUACAUCAUUCUCUUCCGGGACGCGGGCUGUCAGUUCCGGGCCCUCUACUGCUACUACCCGGAGACUGAGGAGAUCUACAAGUUGACCGGCACGGGGCCAAAGAGCGUCACCAAGAAGAUGGUCGACAAGCUGUACAAGUACAGCUCGGACCGAAAACAGUUUAACCUGAUUCCAGCCAAGACCAUGUCUGUUAGCGUGGACGCGCUGACCAUCCACAACCACCUGUGGCAGCCGAAGCGGCCCGCAGUGCCAAAGAAGACGCAGACACGUAAAUGA